UGUUUUUCAUGAAGCGUACUGUACGUUCCUUUCAUCGCCCUUUCGAACUACUUAGAAAAAUCUCCCCCUUCUUCAUCCUCAUCAGUAACCCAGAACCAUGGCCAUGGCCUCGUUGUUGAUCUCUUCUUCACCAUCUUUUACUCUCCCUCCUAAAACUUACACAAAAUAUCAAACAGCUUACUUUUUAAAACCCUUUUCUCUCAAAGCUGCUUCCACAUCUGUUGAUCAACAACCCACAAUCUCUUUAGCCGAUAAACAGCCCUCCCCUUUUAAGGCGAAUAGCUGGCAAUGGAAAUUCCAGGACAAGAUUUUAACUAUCUAUUAUGAAGAACAUGGGAAGGAAAGCCCUGAACCAACCAAGAACAUUUUAAUGCUGCCGAGUAUUUCUGAUGUUAGCACUGUUGAAGAAUGGAGAUCGGUAGCUGGGAACAUUGUUCAACGAGCCAGUAAAAUCAAUUGGAGGGCUUUAAUUGUUGACUGGCCUGGUUUGGGCUAUUCCGAUAGGCCUAAACUAGACUACAAUGUUGAUGUCAUGGAGAAAUUUCUGACAGACUUCUUAAGUGCUCCAGAUGGUCCAAUGAAGCACUUUGGAAAUGAUUUAGUCAUCUUUGGUGGAGGGCAUGCACCCACAAUUACUCUUUGUGCUGCAAAGAAGGGUUUGGUGAAGCUAGCAGCCAUUGCUGCCGUUGCACCCACCUGGGCUGGUCCUCUUCCUAUAGUGUUUGGUCGAGAUUCCACCAUGGAAAUGAGGUAUGGGCUGCUAAGGGACACCUUAAGGACCCCAGGCGUUGGUUGGAUGAUGUAUAACAUGCUUGUAAGCAACGAGAAGGCAAUUGCAUCCCAGUACAAAUCCCAUGUCUAUGCAAAUCCUGACAAUGUGACUCCUGAUGUUGUUGAUAGUAGAAUUGCACUGACAAAACGAAAGGGAGCUCGUUAUGCUCCUGCUUCUUUCCUGACAGGUCUCCUUGACCCAGUUAAAUCCCAGGAGGAAUUCCUUGAGCUCUUCGCAGAUUUGGAUGGAAAAGUACCGGUUCUUGUUGUGUCAACCGAAAGUUCUCCAAAGAGGUCAAAGGCAGUAAUGCAAGCACUCAAAGGAGCCAAAGGGGUCAGUAAAUUUGUUGAGGUUCCUGGCGCUCUUUUGCCACAGGAAGAGUAUCCCACUAUGAUUGCAGAGGAGCUUUACCAAUUUUUGCAAGAAAAUUUUGAAUUUAACAUUUGAUAUCAUAAAGGUCUUUAAUCAUAUGAAUACAAAAUUGAUGAAGUUUCAAGAC